CAGGUAGGGAGUACAAAUUAUACCCUUCUUAGAAGCCCUCAAAACCCUCUCUUUCUUGCGUUUCUCUACAGAAACAGAACUCGCACUCCUCUCUCUCUCUCUAAAGCAAUAUCUCUCUCUCCUAAAAUGGAAGAUGACGACGAAUUCGGAGAUCUCUACACCGAUGUGCUAACGGCGUCGUUUCAGUCCCAGCAGCAGCAGCCGCCAGCUCCAGCUCCACAAGACGAAGCUGCCGCCCCCAGAGCCGCCGCCGGCGCGGGCCCCACUACCCGGCCGAUCGAUCUGAACAACAAUAGCGAUGACGAGGAGAUAUUAUACGGAGCUCCUAAUCCGAGUUCGAAUCCGAAUUUUACUGCCCCGAAUUCUGUUAUCACUGGUAACGAAAAAACCCUAGCUCCUUUACAAGAUGUACAAUCCGGGUCGAAGUUACCCGAAUUCAAUCUAAAUUUUAAUCAAAAAGCUGGAAAACUCGAGAAUUUGAGUGAAAUUAAUGAAUCGGAUUUGAUUGUUAGGGUUUUGGAGAAGAGUGAGGAUAUGAAAUUACCUAAAGUGGGUUUUCAAGAUUCAAAUUUUAUGGAUGAUGAUAAUAUUGAUUUUGUAGUGGAAGAGAGGGAUGAUAAAGAUGAUAUUUUGAUUGAGAAAGAUCAAAAUUUAGGUGAAAAGAACGCUGAGAAUCUAAAGGAUGGGAGUGGAAAUGUAGAGAAUUUUGAGCCCUUGAUUCCUGGCGUGUCAAUCCCGGGCGUUUCAGGUGGAGGAGGGAAUGGUGGGGAUGGCAAUCUCGAGGAUGAUUGGGAUAGUGAUGAUAGUGAGGAUGAUUUGCAGAUUGUGUUGAAUGACAACACUCAUGGACCAAUGGGUAUGGAGAGAAUGGGGGACGAUGAGGAUGAUGAAGAUGGAGAGCCUUUGGUUAUUGUUGCGGAUAAUGAUGGCCCGAGCCAUCCACCAAUGAUAAUGGAGGAGCAAGAAUGGGGUGAUGAAGGGGGUCCUGCUGUUAAUGGAGAGAGAAAGGAGAUUAAUGAUGCAUUAAAAGUGAAUGGAGCACCUGGAGGAGUAGCGGCAAAGGUUGGGUACAACAAUCAUGGAUACCAUCAUCCCUAUCAUUCACAGUAUAAGUAUGUGAGACCUGGUGCAGCUCCUAUGCCUGGAGCUCCUCUGUUGGGUCCUGGAGGAGCACCUGGUCAAGUUCGUCCUCCUGUCAAUGUGGGUCCAGUUGGUGGACGUGGUAGAGGUGAUUGGCGACCAACAGGAAUGAAAGGUGGCUAUGGGAUGUCCGGUUGGGGAGGCAGUGCGCCUGGACGUGGCUUUGGUAUUGGGUUGGAAUUCACUCUUCCAACGCACAAGACUAUAUUUGAAGUUGACAUAGACGGUUUUGAGGAGAAACCUUGGAGACUUCCAGGCAUUGACGUAACAGAUUUCUUCAACUUUGGUUUAAAUGAGGAAAGCUGGAAAGAUUAUUGCAAGCAGCUGGAACAACUGCGACUUGAGUCAACUAUGCAAGGAAGAAUUCGGGUAUAUGAAAGUGGAAGAACAGAGCAGGAAUAUGAUCCAGAUCUUCCCCCGGAGCUUGCAGCUGCAGCUGGUAUUCAAGACAUUCCAUCUGAAAAUGUGAAUCAUGGUAAAACUGAUGGAACUUCAACUGACCCAACAAGAGGAUCUAUACGCAUGCGACCGCCUCUACCUACUGGAAGACCGAUACAAGUUGAAACCGGUUCUGGUGAUCGCCUACCAUCAAUUGAUACCCGACCACCACGGCAGCGUGACUCGGAUGCAAUUAUUGAAAUUGUGUGCCAGGAUGAGGACCAAUACUCAGGGAAUGACAAGAAUGAGGUGCAAUUAGGCAAUAAUUCUUCAAUAGAGGAUUUUAGAGGUGAUGCAAAAGGAUCCCCCCUGCAGGAGGAUUCUGAUGGUUUCCAGCAUUCUUAUAAAAGCCACAAGCAAGAUCUCAGUACUAGGAGAUCACAAUUUAUGAACCCUGUAGGUGAUCAUUUGACCAAAGGAGAUGGAGUGGGUCCUUUUCCCUCGGAAGCCCCUGGUCAGUUUGUUUCUGGUUCUAGAGGACAUACUUCUGCACAUGGAAGCAAGACUAAUGUUGUUCAACAUGAGGAAAGGGAAAAAAAGGGAAGUGCACACGAAGGAUCACCUGAUAUUAGUCCCAGUGGUGAUAGCAGAGACAGACUCCAAGUUGAUAAUCAGAAAGAAGAAUCAUUUGAAAGUGUUGAUCAUAGGCACAGUCCUGUCCCUCCUUCACCCACCACUGAUAGACCUGCUCAGGAGCAAGAUAUGGAAGAUAGAGAUGAUAUUCGUGAUCAACCUGUUGGAGCCGACACAAACAGUGAAGCUGAGAGAGAGGAAAUGGCUUUGGAUGCAAGAGCUGAUAGUGAAGCCAUGAAUGAUGAAUUUCUGCAUUCUAAAAAGCAAAAGUUAAGCUUGCGACGUGAACAAUCUUCUCCGCAAGAAACUGAUGGUGGAGAAGACUCCAAGGCUGGAAGAAGUAGCGAGAAUAGCAAAGCCCAAUCUGGAAGCAGUAGAGAUUAUCGCAAAUUGCGGGAUGAUGUUGAGGAGGAAGUUGUUCAAGAUGGACGUCCUAUGCGCAUGGAUAAUGCCAAAAAAGCAGUUGCCAGGGAUGAGGAUAGAGGCCGAAGAAGAGUCUACAAUGAGAAAGAAGCAGAAAAGCACCGUGGGGUAGUAAAAGGGAGGGAAGAUUCUUAUUCGCGUAAAGGCAUUGACUCUAGCUCAGCCCAUUACAUUGACCGACGGAGGGAACGUGAAUAUUCAGAGGCAGUAUGGCAAAGGAGGGAUGAAGAUCUACCGGGGAGGAGAACUAAAGUGGAAGAACCACGAAAGAGAGAGCUCAUUGAUGAAACUGGAUCCAGACACCGCAGCAAGGUGCGAGAAUUUGAUGGGAGUGAUAGAGAAGAACGCCAUUUACAUAGAAAGCAGCUGGAGAGCAUUACGUUAAGGCCUGAUUAUGAUAAGGACAUGGGAGCAAGGCAAAGAGACAGGGAUGAGUUGAAGAGGUAUGAUACCUUGGAUGAUCGCCACAAUAAAAGAAGGAAAGAAGAGACAAAAUUAAGUAGGGAACAUGCUGACAAGGAAGAAUCCUUCCAUCCGCAUGGAGAAAAUAUGGUUCGUAGAAAGAGAGAGAGAGAUGAUACCUCAGAUCAUCGAAAGAGAGAUGAGCUACUGAGGCUGAGAGAUGAUGAGCAGCACUAUAUCAGGCACAAAGAAGAUGGAGUAUUUCAGAGGGAGAGAACUGACAGACAGCGAGAGCGUGAGGAGUGGUAUAGGCUUAAACAGUCCCAAGAAGAGGCACUGUCAAAAAGGGAGAGAGAGGAAAUAAGGGGCGGUAUGCGUGCUGGGCGUGUUGCAGAAGAAAAAGCUUGGGCUGGUCAUUCUAGAGGGAAAGAUGAGAACAGAAACUCUGAUCAGCAUUUGAAAGAUGUGAGGCAUGCCGACCAUAUUAGAAGGAGGGAUCGUGCUGAAAAUGAAAGUCCUUCAAGGCUGAGGACCCGUGAGGAUGAGAGAAGAGCAAGGCCUGAUAGAGUGAGUGCACGUGAAGAUCGUGCUCCCCAUGCUCCUGAUAACUCCAGGGUGAAUGAGAAAAGACAUAAAGAAUAUUUAAAGAAAGGUAAAGAAUUUGAGGGGGAUCAUAAUUCCCAGAUUGCUUCGAACAUGAACGAAGACGAACUGAAUGGACGGCGAAAUGAGAUG